GAGAAUUAUGAAGCGAAUUGCAGCGAGCCGUGGAAAUAAUUUGGAUGUGACUGGAGCCGCUUUCUCGUCUUCCUAUCACUGCCGCCGCCGCCACCUCCAGCGCCCGGGUCCGGGAGUGUCCCUAAGGCAGCACACCAGCCCCGUCGGCGUCCCGCUGUCCCUGUCCGCCCCGCUCCUGUAAUCCUUGCUGUGUGUGCGGGGUUAUUUUUUUGUUGUUGAUACAUUAUUCUCAUUAAAGAUGUCGGCUCCACUCGGGCCUCGGGGCCCUCGCCAGCCCGGCCCUGUUUCUCCUCAUCCUCAUCCGCCUAUUCUUGCUUCACCGGCUCCUCCUUCCGCCGACAUGUCCGGGAUGCCGGACCUCAGCCACCUCACCGAGGAGGAGAGGAAGAUCAUCCUGGCCGUAAUGGACAGGCAACGCCAGGAGGAAGAGAAGGAACAGUCAAUGCUCAGGGUCAAAGAAGAACAAAAACCUCAACAGCCACAGUGGUUUCCCUUUAGUGGGAUCACUGAACUGGUAAAUAACGUUCUUCAGCCACAGCAAAAACAACAAAAUGAGAAGGAACCCCAGGCGAAAUUGCACCAGCAGUUUGAGAUGUAUAAGGAUCAGGUAAAGAAGAUGGGUGAUGAAGCACAGCAACAGCAGGAACAGAAGAGUGAUGCACCCACCUGUGGAAUCUGUCACAAAACCAAGUUUGCCGAUGGCUGUGGCCACAUCUGUUCAUAUUGCCAAACAAAAUUCUGUGCUCGGUGUGGAGGACGGGUGUCACUGCGAUCGAAUAAGGAAGACAAAGUGGUGAUGUGGGUGUGUAACUUGUGCCGAAAACAACAGGAAAUCCUCACUAAAUCAGGGGCCUGGUUCUACAGCAGUGGAUCAAACACACCACAGGAGACUGAUCUGACAGAGGCCACAACGGGACUGGCCCACACGAAUGAAGAAGCGCCACAGGAAAAGAAAGCAAAACUACAGGAGCAUUCCCAAUUCCAAGGUCCUUUACCCUCAGGGGACAUUUCUACACCAGCGUCAGACAAAAACAGACCUCAAGGGCUCACGCGACAAGAUACAAUCAAAAAUGGUUCAGGGGUGAAGCAGCAUUCAAUGCAGACUGCCAGUGAGAUACCCACAGACAGGAAAAGGAGCCCAUCAACAUCCAGGGAACACAAUCGAAAAUACCACCAGAGGGACGAUAGAGCAGAUCCAUCGCAGUAUGCACUUUUGGAAAGUGCAAUGCAAAGAUCACCUACAGAAUAUGCAGACCGUGACAAGCGAUCACUGCGUGGGUCAUGGGCUUAUGAUGAUUCUGAACAUAUUGAGUACAAAGAAAGCAGGGACUCCACUCGUAGAAGUCGAAGAAGGUCUCAAGAGUUCCGAGAUUUGGUAGAUGAGGAUAUUGAUAUACAAACUAGAGAUGAGUAUGAGCGACAGAGACGAGAGGAAGAGUAUCAAACUCGUUAUCGUAGUGAUCCAAAUUUGGCUCGUUAUCCUGUCAAACCUCAACCAUACGAGGAGCAAAUGCGGAUGCAUGCUGAAAUGUCUCGGGUACGUCAUGAACGAAGACACAGUGAUGUUUCUUUGGCAUAUACAGAGAUGGAUGAUGUACAAAUUUCAAUGCAUAGAAUGGAAAGGCAGUCAAGACAACGCUCUGCAUGUGAUCGCAGAGUCCCUGUGCAAAGUCAGCGUUCUUACUCAAUGGAAAGAACUCAAGACAUGCAAGGGCCUAGUUCUAGUUGGCAAAGGACCCCAAAUCACAGUCCACCGACACCCAGGCGAAGUCCAAUUCCAUUUGAUAGGAGUGACCUCCGUCGUUCAGAUUCAAUGCGGAAACAACAACACUUGGAUCCAAGUUCUGCUGUUAAGAAAACAAAACGGGAAAAGAUGGAAACCAUGCUACGAAAUGACUCACUCAGCUCAGAUCAGUCUGAAUCAGUAAGGCCACCACCACCAAAGCCGCAUAAAACAAAGAAGGGAGGUAAAAUGCGCCAAGUCUCAUUGAGUAGCUCGGAGGAAGAGCUUGCAUCUACUCCAGAAUAUACCAGCUGUGAUGAUGUAGAGAUUGAGAGUGAAAGUGUCAGUGAAAAAGGGAACAGUCAAAGGGGAAAAAGAAAAACUAGUGAGCAGGCAGUAUUGUCGGACUCUAACACCUUGUCUGAGAGGCAAAAGAAAAUGGUGCGAUUUGGCGGCCACUCAUUGGAAGAGGACUUGGAAUGGUCUGAGCCUCAGAUUAAAGACUCUGGGGUAGAUACAUGCAGUAGCACAACACUAAACGAAGAACAUAGCCAUAGCGAGAAGCAUCCGGUGACGUGGCAACCAUCCAAAGAUGGAGAGCGCCUAAUUGGUCGGAUAUUGUUAAAUAAACGAUUAAAAGACGGUACUGUGCCUCGAGAUUCUGGAGCACUGCUGGGUCUGAAAGUUGUAGGUGGAAAGAUGACCGAAUCUGGCAGAUUAUGCGCAUUUAUUACCAAGGUGAAGAAGGGAAGUUUAGCAGACACUGUAGGGCAUCUUAGACCAGGUGAUGAAGUACUUGAAUGGAAUGGAAGAUCGUUACAAGGAGCCACCUUUGAGGAGGUGUAUAACAUCAUUUUUGAAUCUAAACCUGAGCCACAAGUAGAACUGCUGGUUUCCAGGCCUAUAGGGGAUAUUCCCCGGAUACCAGACAGCACACAUGGACAGCUUGAAUCAAGUUCUAGCUCCUUUGAAUCCCAGAAGAUGGAGCGCCCUUCUAUUUCUGUAACUUCUCCCAUGAGCCCAAGCAUGUUGCGAGAUGCUCCACAAUUCCUGCCUGGACAGCUUUCAAGCCAAAGCCUUAGUAGAAGAACAGCGCCUUUUGUUCCUAGGGUUCAGAUAAAACUCUGGUACGACAAAGUUGGCCACCAACUUAUUGUUACAGUACUUGGAGCAAAAGAUCUUCCUUUUAGGGAAGAAGGGAGGCCAAGAAAUCCCUAUGUCAAAAUUUACUUUCUUCCUGACCGAAGUGACAAAAGCAAACGAAGAACAAAAACAGUAAAGAAAACACUUGAACCCAAGUGGAACCAGACAUUCAUUUAUUCUCCAGUUCAUCGGAGAGAAUUUCGGGAACGCAUGCUAGAAAUCACCCUGUGGGACCAAGCUCGAGUUCGAGAAGAAGAGAGUGAAUUUUUAGGAGAGAUUCUCAUAGAACUGGAAACUGCUUUGCUGGAUGAUGAAGCGCACUGGUACAAACUUCAGACCCAUGAUGUUUCGUCAAUGCCCCUUCCACAACCUUCACCCUAUACGCCACGCAGACACCCGCACGGUGAAAGCCCCACAAGGAGAUUACAAAAUACAGGUCCACAUGCAUUAAAUUCAGGAUCACAACGUAUCAGUGACAGCGAAGUUUCCGACUAUGAUUGCGAUGAUGGAAUUGGGGUUGUUUCUUCAGAUUAUCGGCACAAUGGGAGAGAGAUUCAGAGUUCAACAUUAUCAGUUCCAGAGCAAGUAAUAUCAUCAAACCAUUGUUCACCAUCAGGCUCACCGCAUCGUGGGGACAAUAUGGGCAGGACCCGUUCACGGUCCCCCAGUGUUCCACCCUCUCAAAGAAGCUCAGAGUUGGGUCCUCGAAGCAGUCGCUGUUCUCCUCAACAGUACAAUACCAUCAGCAGAAUGGAUAGACACAGGAUGUUGGAUGACCAUUUUUCUCCAGAGAGGGAGAGUCAGUAUCUUACACUACCUCGGUCCAGACACAGUCAUGUCAUCGAGCAUCAUCACAAGGAUUUCAGGAAUCGUGAGCCAUCCGAUAGACAGGAAUAUCAAAGAUCCAGAUCUUCAGAGCAACGGCCUGUGCUCGAGCGGAUGAACUCCCGCUCCAGAUCCUCUGAACGUGCCGAAUCAAACGUCAUGAGAUCGAUGCCAUCAUUAACAUCGGGAAGAUCUGCCCCUCCCUCACCUGCACUAACGAGGUCGCAUCCCCGUAGUGGAUCGGUGCAAACCAGUCCAACCGGUACACCAAUGAUAGGACGGAGGGGUCGACAGCUGCCACAACUUCCACCAAAGGGGUCUCUGGAGAGAAAAGUUACCUGGGAAGACCAGCAAAGGAAAAUGAAUGGUACAGUAGCUGAUAACAGGUCAAAGCAGAGGCAGCUUUCUGAGCCAGGUGCAAUGGAUGUAGAAGAAAGAACUCGCCAAAUGAAAAUGAAAAUGAACAAGUACAAACAGGUAGCAGCAUCAGAUUCCAGGCUGGAACAGGAAUAUCAUUCUAAGCAUCGGUUGGGACGGGACACUCAUCGCGGAUCAGAUAAUAUCUCCAACAAGUCAUCGGACAGCGAUGUAAGUGAUGUGUCUGCGGUAUCAAGGACGAGUAGUGCUUCACGAAUGAGCAGUACAAGUUACAUGUCUGUGCAAUCUGAGCAUCCUCGAACAACCAGGAAGAUCAGUGUCUUUACAUCUAAACUGCAAAGCAAACAGAUGGGAGCCUCAGGAAAGAAUAUGACGAAAAGCACCAGUGUGAUUGGAGAUAUGUACAGCAUAGAGAAGAACGAUGGCAGCCAGUCCGACACAGCUGUGGGCACUGUCGUCACCGGUGGCAAAAAACGAAGGUCCAGCAUCGGCGCCAAAAUGGUAGCUAUCGUAGGUCUUUCAAGGCGUAGCCGCAGCACUUCACAGCUAAGUCAAACAGAGGCUGGAGGGAAAAAACUACGAAGUACGAUCCAGAGGAGCACUGAAACUGGGUUAGCAGUUGAAAUGAGAAAUAGGAUGACCCGACAACCAAGUCGUGAAUCUACUGAUGGGAGCAUGAACAGUUACAGUUCAGAGGGAAACCUUAUCUUUCCUGGUGUUCGAUUGGCAUCAGACAGUCAAUUCAGUGAUUUUCUGGAUGGCCUUGGUCCAGCGCAGAUGGUUGGACGUCAGACCCUUGCGACACCAUCCAUGGGUGACAUCCAAAUCGGCAUGAUGGAUAAGAAAGGGCAAUUAGAAGUAGAGGUUAUCCGAGCCCGAGGCUUGAUGGGAAAACCUGGCUCCAAAGCUUUACCUGCACCAUAUGUUAAAGUUUAUCUAUUGGAAAAUGGCAUCUGCAUAGCCAAAAAGAAAACAAAAGUGGCACGCAAAACACUAGACCCUCUGUACCAGCAACAGCUGUCAUUUGAAGAUAGUCCCCAGGGAAAAGUUCUUCAGAUAAUUGUAUGGGGCGAUUAUGGACGGAUGGACCACAAAUCCUUCAUGGGAGUUGCACAGAUCCUACUGGAGGAGCUUGACCUGUCCAACAUGGUGAUUGGCUGGUACAAACUCUUUCCCACUUCCUCAUUAGUUGAUCCAACUUUGGCCCCACUGACAAGAAGAGCUUCCCAAUCAUCACUUGAGAGUUCAUCCGGACCUUCUUAUGCUCGUUCAUAGCAGUUGUGAAAGUGUUGCUAUAGCAACCAGCAUUCAGCUCGCAGGUCGCAAGCCCUGGUUACACUGCAUGCUUGAUGUUGUGUCUUCUGAGCCUGUUCCUAGGGAUUAAAAGCGUUCCUGUGUUCUCAGAGGAGAUUGCACACAUUGUGCCCUGAGAAAGUCCUUAGGGAAGGAGUGGAGCUUUGCAGAACUUAUAUGGUUGUUGGAAUUAAAUGACAAUAAUUUUUUUUGUCCAAUCAGAAGCCAUGGAUUUAAAAACAGAUAAGUAAGAACCUAUCAAUUCACACAGCAAAAGCCCUAAUUUUUCAAUGAACCAUUCUCUUUAUGUUCUUGAUCUUUCUUGAAUCGCCUGCUUCUCCUACCCCACCAGAUUGGUUCCCAUAAGCAACGGCCACUGAUGUCAUGAAGGCCAGCUGGUUGUUAGUUCUGUGAGCCAACAUGGAAGCCUCAUUGUGAGGAAGUUUGAAAAUAGUGUCCGGUAAUGACUACACAUCACCAGAUGGGGCAAAGCAGAAAGGAGUCAGCUGAGCAAAACUGUACAGAACAAGAGAUUUACUUUUUUUAAAAUGCAAAACAUAAAGAUGUGGUACUGUCAUUCAAAACCAACUUGGAAGCUUCAUAAAGAUUCCACAGUGAUUCCCAAAGGGAGAGGGCUAUGUGAUCUGAUAUCAUUGUUUCUCUGCUGAUAUACUGUAUGAAAUUGAAAAAAAAAAUGCAUGGACACCAAUUUAGCUGAACUUAAACAGAAAAAAAAAACAUUUAAAAUUAUUUUCAAGGCUGAAACUUGCAAAAAACAGCCAUUUUCAACAAUUUAUAUUAUUUUUUAAAGAUGUUUCACCAGUGCAUGGUUUUAUGGGGGAGUGAAUGCAACAAUACGAUACAAUUACACCGUGUUUCCCAUAUUCAGAGUAAAAUCAUUCACAAGUCUGUCUUUUGCGGACUAAGAAGAUUCUUAAGGAAGGGCUUGUCUGAAUACACGUGAUUUCAACAUGACAUUAGAAAGUGUCAUCUUGCAGACAAAACAUGGUUAAAUUAAUGACACAGACCUUCAAAGUCCGAUAUUAUUCACAGAUUACACAUGCUGCUCUUUCCCUUUUACUGGGUAGUUUAUUGUAUGCUCUGAGUAUGACCUCUGUGUCUCUAGCCACUAAAGCCCCUCAUCCGGGUUAAAGGUUGCAGAGCGUUAGUGCAUUUUGAUUCCUUGGGUAGAGUAUACAUUUUAACAACAAUAAAAAGAAAUGAUAUGAUUUGCAAGCAUGUUGAAAGUAUUUUUGCAACAUGGCUUGGGCAACACACUGCAGUAAUUCAGCAUGCAUUUGACAAACAAAAUUUUGCAGCAUCCUUUUAUUGUACAGUGCAUGAUGACAUAGAACUUAUUUACAUUUUCUCAUCUUAAAUUGAAUUCUACAGCAAAUAAAGGAAUUGUGUGCUCAUUGUUCAGAAAAAAAAGUAAUAAAAUAGUUUCUAGCAGGAUCCAACUUGUACAUACUGUAGGAAUAAGACAUUUUUCUCUGAAAUUAAGUAGCAAUGAUAUUGACAGAGGACAAAUCAAGUAAUAUGGUAUUAGAUCAGAUAAUUAUUUCACAAGCCUCCUCUACCAGCUGGGUAUAGAAAUCAUCCAAUCAGAUGUUCAGUUUUGCGGGCUUGAAAACCUUAAGUUUCAUUGACAGGAUUACUAGAAGCUGAACUACUUUGCUGUAAAGUUCAAUUUUCACACAUAUAUUUGUGCAGUUUAAUGAGGACUGAUGUCCACUUGCUAGACUAAACUGAAAAUUGGCCAUUGGAAACCACUUGUUAUUUAUCUGUCGUUUUUGCGUUCCAAAUUGAACUCUACACCCUGUUAGUUUACCACCAUGCUGAGACACCGUCCCCCAACCCCAUUCCUAAAUUGAAAAAUGUUGGUUUAGCUAUUUUUUUUAAAAGUGCUCUGUCGAAUGUGAGAUUUGUGUGGAUGGAGGUGGCAAAGAUGCAGAGUUUUCCGCAGUUUUGAUGCAAAGAAGGCAGAUGGAGCACAUGAAUGAUUGUCAUUGAGUAUGUUUGAACACCAUUUAAAAGGAAAAUGAAAAAUGCCUUUUUUAUUUAAUAUUUGUGGUGCAAUUUUGUUUAAACCAAGAGUGAUUCUUGGGUCUUUUGUCUCAUGACUAAAGUAUUGUAGAUGAAGUCUUGAAUGUUGAGCCAUCUAAAAAAAAUCCUACAGUGUCACAAAAAUAACACCAACCUCUUGGAAUUGGAGUUAGCAGUGGCCGCUGGCUACUAACACCAGUUUUUCAACAUUGCUGUAAGCAACUGCAAGUCUGGACCUACAAUGUUUAUUCUUUUUUAAGAAAAAUAAUGUUCCAAAAUACAAAAGUUAUUUCCUCAAUGCUGCCCCAUUACUGUGACAGCAACUCAGUUUACCUGCAUCUGAUUAUUUUGUGCAUACUAUUCCUGUUUAAAAUGAUCUUUCAGAAAUUGUAGCGAGAAGGAUGUUAAGGUAUGAAAGAUUUGUACAUAUUUAUCAUUAUGCAGUAUUUAUUUGAGACAAUAUAAUUUUUUUUAAAAAUAUUUUUCACAUUAUGUCUGCAAAUCUGUUUAUGAUUUAGUCAUGACAACGGCACUAUUCCAGUAAAACACAGCUGUCUUGUACAUAGAUUUUAAGUAAAGGGACACUGAUGUUAGAUUACUGGACAACUGGCCUCUAUGUGACAACAACUAAUGUAAAACAAAUUCAUUUCUGGUGAUGGUAUUUAACAUGGCUACACUAUUAAUAAAAACAUUUCUUUACAGAGA